AUGCGUGCCAUCACAGUUUCUUCCUGGGGCUCUGCCCCUCAAUUCACCUCAUCCCAUCCUGAUCCUGCACCUUCGUCCGCCGAUACUGUCACUCUCAAGAUCCUCGCGAGUGGCCUUCAUCAACUCGUCCGUGGUCAAGCCGCAGGCACCCAUUACAGUGUCAAAAACGUAGCCACCCCUUACAUCCCAGGUGUCGACGGCGUCGGCGAGACCCCCGAUGGUCAACGCGUGUAUUUCAACAGCAUCGCAACCGGCGGCGGGUUUGCCGAAUACAUCACUGUGCCGAAGGUCGCUGUAUCGCCACUUCCUGAAGGUGCAGACCCCGUUGCGAUCGCUGGACUGAUGAAUCCGGGCAUGUCGAGCUGGAUGGCGUUUGCCGCUCGUGUCGACCCACCAUUGCCAAAGGGCUUCACGGUCGUCAUCGUCGGGGUCACGGCGAUCAGUGCCAAAGUGGCGGUACACUUUGCGCGGAGCAAAGGUGCUGGCAAGAUCAUUGGUGUGGCCAGGAAUGCAAAGGAGAUGGCUUCGAUUGCCGAUCUGGACGAACGUAUCGUCCUGGCCAACGACCCCAGUCAAACGGAUUUCUCAUCCCUGACCGACGUCGACUUGAUCCUGGACUAUCUCUAUGGUCCCGCGGUUGCCACCCUUUUCGCCCAACUCAAAUCCACCGUCCCCACGCAGUUUGUCCAAAUUGGCACUGUUGCCGGCGACGAGAUCGCACUGCCUGGCGCGAUCUUGCGGAGUAAGAAUCUCACUCUUCGCGGGGCGGGCCCGGGCUCGUGGGCGCUGCCGCAUUACGAGAAGGAGGUGCCGUCGUUGCUUGCAGCUGUGGCCGCGUUGCCCGACAUGGGCUUGAAGGUGAGGAAACUGGAGGAAGCAGACGCGGCGUGGGCGGCCAAGAAGGAGAGGACUGUGUUUGUGCCGUGA